UUCGAAAAGUAACUUCUUGUUUACUCUUACUCCUAGCCGUAUUACGCUGUAAACCAAUAAAGACACCGAGGUCGAUAUCCGUGACCAAUGAAAAGAAGUUUACCCACAUUUUUUUUCUACCUCAAGAGGCAAUACUCAUUGGCGGGACAGAUUCCAUAUGACCAAUGUAAUUCGCUCUCAUUUCCCCGCAAGAAGGGCGGCCAGGAAGAAAACAGAGGCGGGAGUUGCAGGGAGCAUAACAAGCUCACCGCUGUGAACAUGUGUGAGAAGAUAACGAAGGUUAGCCAAUGGCUCACUAAGAUAUUCGGCGACCAAAUUACUCCAGAGUAUGAAGUUAACACUCGGACUGUUGAGAUACUGUACCAACUGGCAGAGAACAGUGAAGUCAGAUGCAGUGAGGUGUCUCUGCUCAUAGAGGAUCACAAACAAAAAGCCAUUGAGUAUCAGUCAGAUGGUUGCCAUCUACAGGAAGUUCUAUUACAAGGUGUCGGCUUGUCCUCCGGCAGUCUGUCGAAACCAGCCUCGGAUUACAUGGCUGCACUUGAAGCCAUGGCCAUGGUCCUUAAAGUGAGGGACACAUCGCUGACGAGUUUUGUGCCUGCAAUAAAUGGCCUGACCAAUGAGCUUGUGGAAGCUGAGAAAAGAGGCAGAAGAAUGGAAAGGGAUCUUACCAUCAUCAGGAAGAAACUGGGGUCUGCCCUUGUACUACGGAAGACCUUACAGGAGGACCUCAAAAAAACAAUGAAAAACCAAGAGGUAGAGAAUGCUAAGGCUGAAGAAAGACUCCUCAACAUGGACUUUGUCAAAGCAAAAUCCAAGGACUUGUCGUUCAGAAUAAAGAUGGCAGAGGAGAAGCUGGCCUCCAGGAAAAUGGAGGAACCCUUAACCCAUGAAGCAAUACUAGAAGUCUCAGAGAAAAUGGCAAAGUUGAAGCAAGAGAUCUUACCCCUGACGAAGAAACUGGAAUCUUACAAAGACUUGACCCCUAGCCCGUCUCUUGCACGAGUGAAAAUUGAAGAAGCAAAGCGAGAACUGGGUUCAAUUGAUGCUGAGCUGGAAAUGAAAGUGGACAUCAUGAACAUCAUGGUGCCCAAACAACAUGGAAGAUCUCUGAAAUGAAGAUUUUGGGGG